CGACAUUCCGUACUGGUCGCUGGUUGUAGUACGCAUGCGCUUCUUCCCCUCCCGUUGAAGGAGUAUUAUUGUUUAUCUUGUUGGUGUCUGAAGACCGUAACGCCGUGGGUUCCUUGCCUUUUCAAUAUGCUGUUGUGAUUGUAUGAUGCGAUCAGCCGCCACAGAAAGGUCUUUGGUAAAAGAGAGAAAUAAGAAGAACGUGAAAUAGUAAAGUGAGAUAAGCAGUGAUGGCCAACGAGCGUCUCCGCGCCCUGGAGGAGGUGGAGAAGGAGGUCGGGGUGGUCCUGCAGUGCGCAGGUAACGUCCUGCUGGAGCUCUCCAAAGACAAGCACAACGCCAGCUUCCUGGACCGACAGCUCGCCCAGUUCCUGAGCUCAGUGAACCGCAUCGAGAGCGAGCUGAGCGGCCAGAUCCGCUACCUCACACAGGUGGCGACGGGCCAGCCUCACGAGGGCUCCACCUACUCGGCCCGGAAGGACUGCCAGAUGGCGCUGAACCGGGCGGAGUACGCCAAGGUGAAGCUAGGCGAGCUGGGGCGGACCUGCGAGCUGAUCCUGGACCAGCCGCUGUAGGCCCGCCCCCAGGACGUCCUACGAGCUGAUCCUGGACCAGCCGCUGUAGGCCCGCCCCCAGGACCUCCUGCGAGCUGGAAGGACCAGCCGCUGUAGGCCCGCCCCCAGGACGUCCUACAUCCUGAUCCUGGACCAGCCGCUGUAGGUCCGCCCCCAGGACCUCCUGGCAGCUGAUCCUGGACCAGCCGCUGUAGGCCCGCCCCCAGGACGUCCUACGAGCUGAUCCUGGACCAGCCGCUGUAGGCCAGCCCCCAGGACGUCCGACGAGCUGAUCCUGGACCAGCCGCUGUAGGCCCGCCCCCAGGACGUCCUACGAGCUGAUCCUGGACCAGCCGCUGUAGGCCCGCCCCCAGGACCUCCUACGAGCUGAAGACAUCAUGUCCCCUUGUUGCUUUUAUCUUAUUGCUUACAUUUGUUCGUUUUGCAUUUUACGUCAUAAUUUUGUAUGAACUGUCAGAAUGUUUACGGGUUACAAUGGAAAGCAGACAAACCGCCUUUAAUUAAAAGAUCAAGCAUCACACAUUGAUUGACGUCUAUCUCUGAACUUGUCG